AUGAAACCAAAGGAAAACAUGAACGAAAAAAAUCAAAUCAUAAUCAUUGAUCCAUCAGCCAACUUUGUUCUACCUGAAGUCUUAACUUAUGCAAAAAUCAGCAGUCACGCCACAGCUUUUGAAAGUGUAAAAGAGUUAGACUUCUUGAAUCCAAAUUUCUAUAAUGAUUUAAAAGCAAAUUAUUUCUGUGAGCUUAGAAGACUUAAAUUUAAAAUUGAUAUUCGUCUUUCUUUUUCUUUACGCGAUAUUUCAACUGCCCCUCAAAUGAACAAUUUUUAUUCAGCUUUUUAUGUGGCAAUCGGAAAGGCGAAAGCAAUUUCUGCUGAUCAAAAAAUAAAUCCUGAUUCUUGGCUCAGCAAAAAAAAACUGAAACUAUUUAUAUCAAAUUUAAUUGCCAACACCACCAGGACCAACACUGCAUGA